AGUCUCAUCAAACCAUUCACAGGAAAAUAGCACUUUUUGUCUGUUGAAGCUUGCGCUUUUUAUUCACUGAAUAGCUUUAUACCGCUUUUGUUUCCUUUUUGUUUCAAAAGCCUUUAAAAAUUCUUGGCGUCUUUGCAAAGCUGGAAUUUUUGCUACUCCACCCAUUGUUUUGAUUCCGAAACAGAAAAAAGAAGAUAAAGAAAACCUGGGUUUGAUCCUUAAGCUAAAAUUACUGAAGAUUAAUAUGGCAUGUUCCUUGAAGAGUUUCUGUGUUCCUGAGUUGAAUGAGAUCAUGCUUGGCUCUAAAACCAAAGGGGUUUGGGGGCUUUGCCCCUCGAAAAUUGUCAAAGCAAAAUCAAUGACUUGUUCUGUUUUGAGCACUGAUUUCAUGGGAAAAUCGAUGGCCCUUGAAGAAAAAGGCUCAGGGUAUUGCGAUUCCAAAACCUCAAACAAUGUCUCUGUCCAUGCACAAGCAACAAUUUGUGUUAGCAGGGCUUUGCAGUGGUGGAAGAAGAACCUGAAGCCUAACAUGAUUGAGAUCCAGUCAGCCGAGGAACUGGUCCAUUCUUUACUCAACGCUGGUGAUUCAUUGGUUGUUGUGGAUUUCUAUUCACCUGGUUGUGGAGGCUGCAAAGCCCUUCAUCCCAAGAUCUGUCAAAUAGCGGAGCUGUACCCAUCUGCAAUCUUUCUUAAAGUCAAUUAUGAGGAGCUGAAAACCAUGUGUCACGGUUUGCACAUUCACGUGUUACCGUUCUUCAGGUUCUAUAGAGGUGCGGAGGGUCGAGUUUGUAGCUUCAGCUGUACCAAUGCCACUAUCAAGAAAUUUAAGGACGCAUUAGCGAAGCAUGGGAAUGAAAGAUGUAGUUUAGGCCCAGCAAUGGGUUUGGAUGAAUCCGAGUUGAAAAUUUUGGCCUCUAUUGGUGAUAUAUCGGUUAAUUCUUCUCCGUUACUGUAUCAAAAAAUGCAAGGGAAAUUGAAGGAUUUGGUUUUGAAAAAAAGCCAUGAUUGUUCUGGCGUCUGGAGCAUGGCAAGUAUAUAGCAGUGGGGCUUAUGAAGGACUUUAUAUACUGAUAUGAUACUUUAAACUAGCAAGUAUGGCAUUUAUUGAUUUAUCUUGCCAUAUAGAAUGAAGAUUAUAAUGGAGAAAGGCUGCUCCAUUCCAUUUUUUUUUCCUAUGGUAGUUUAAAUUUUUAUUUUUUAUUGUAAUUUUUUGCUGUAAAUUAUGUAUUUUUUGUGUAGGGGUUUGAUGGGGGCUUGUAACUUUUUUUUAUUGGUUGGAAUUGAGCCCUGCAAUUUAGCUUUUGUUGCUGGGAAUUUGUUCUGCAUCCGAACCCUCUCCUUUUCCUAUAGUAACAUCACAAGCUACAAUAUGCCAGAUUUUGUAUUUGAUUCUCAAUACCAUCUUAAAAUUAUUUUUACUCAAUAU